AAUAAUGAAAAUAAUAAUAAUGAUAAUAAUAAUGAUGAAACAAUUGACAAUGAAUUAGUAAAAAUGAUUGAAAAUGUUGAUUCAUUAUUGAAACCAUCAAAUCCGGAUGAUGACCAUAAAGGUGAUGAUAAUGAUAAUGAUAAUGGCAAUGAUAAUAAAGAUGAUAAAAUUGUCAAUGAAAAAUGUCAUCAUCAUCAUCAUCAUCAUCAUUCAACAAUAUUACAACGGCAGCAACAACAACAAUGCUCAGUGCCAAUAACUUCUGGAACAAAAGCAACAACAAUACCGACAACAACAAAAAUGACAAUGAAAAAUGCAACAAAAAAAACACAAACAAAUAUUACUUAUAAAUGUAUUGAUACACUUAAACGUGCAUAUAAUGAAGAAAAACGUUGUAUUGAAGAAUUAUUGAGCGGAAAUCCGCCUGUUUUAUCCACAACAUCAUCAUCAUCAUCAACAUCGACAAUUGAAACGAUUAUUGGAACAAAUUGUUCGAUGAAUAAUGAAUCAAAUAUUGAUCAUAAUAAUGAUAAUGAUAAUGGUCAAACAACAAGUACGGCAAAUAAAAUAAACGAUAAUGUUGAUGAUGAUGAUGAUGAUGAUAUGAUUUUCGAUACAUUGGUUCCAGAUUUAUCAUCAUUGAAUGAUGAUGAUCUUGUUGGGGUCAAUGAUGAUUGGCCAGUAAUAAAAAUAAUCAACAACGUAAAAAUGGACGUACAAAAAUGA